AUGAGAAAGCAAAAUGAAAGCUUUGUGGUCGAAUUCAUCCUGUUGGGCUUUUCUAACUUUCCUCAACUCCAAGAGCAGAUGUUCUGGGCUUUCUUGGUGAUUUAUCUGGUGAUCUUGGUGGGAAAUGUCACAAUCAUAGUUGUCAUCUGCCUGGACCAGAGCCUCCACAUCCCCAUGUACCUGUUCCUGCAGAACUUAUCCAUGGUGGAACUGGGUUUCAGUGCAGCUGUCAUGCCUGAAAUGCUGGUGAUCUUAUCCAAUGAGAAAGCGACCAUCUCGUUUGGGGGCUGUUUUGUGCAGAUGUAUUGCAGUCUUCUUUUUGGAGGGACUGAAUGUUUUCUCUUGGGGGCAAUGGCUUCUGACCGAUAUGCUGCCAUCUGCCAUCCUCUGACCUACCCGGUGAUUAUGAACAGAAGGGUUUUUGUGAAGUUAGUGAUGUUCUCGUGGUUCUCAGGGCUCACUGUGGCAACUGUGCAGACCACCUGGGUAUUUAGUUUUCCCUUUUGUGGGCCCAAUGAAAUUAACCAUCUGUUUUGUGAGACCCCCCCAGUGCUGAAGCUGGUGUGUGCAGACAUCUUCUUGUUUGAAAUCUAUGCCUUCACUGGCACCCUUUUGAUUGUCAUGGUGCCCUUCCUGCUGAUUCUCUUGUCUUACAUUGGAAUCCUCUUUGCCAUCCUGAAGAUGCCGUCGACCACUGGGAGGCAGAAGGCCUUUUCCACCUGUGCCUCCCAUCUUACGUCUGUCACUCUCUUCUAUGGCACUGCCAGCAUGACUUAUCUGCAACCCAAAUCCAGCUAUUCGCCAGACACCAAGAAGCUGAUCUCGCUGGCUUACACCUUGCUCACACCUCUGCUGAAUCCACUUAUCUACAGCCUGAGAAACAGUGAGAUGAAAAAGGCUUUUAUGAAAUUGUGGAGAAAGAAAGUGGCUUUCCACACAUCUGACUUGUGA